GUUUUGAUCGACCAUUGUUCGUGAUUGUAGUUUCGGUUUUGAGUUUUGAAAUGGUGGAAAAUGUCUGACGGGUCAAAACAUGCUACAUAGACGUCAGAGUUUGACAUUUUGAUUAGUCUUCUUCUUGUUCAGAAUGGAAGGGAUCCGACUGUCAGGGAUUCAGUCUGGUGUGUCCGAGAAACACAUCAGAGCGUUUUGUGAGCAGCAUCUCCUGAAUGUCCAGACGAUCUACUACCCACUACUCAAUAAUGAUGCUGUCAUUAUCUUCUCUGACUCAGAAAGCACAUCAAUGGCGCUCUUUGAAAAGCUGAAAGGACUAUCAAAGUUUACAAUCAAUCCUCUCCCUCACAGGAUAUUCUCCUCAGUAACAGUGGAGCUUGAAGAACAAGUUGCAGCUCUGUUGCAGACUUCAGAAUGUAGAAAGCGUUUUGAAGUGAACACUCGUGGAAGACUACAAACACUCACUGAUGCGCACGGGAGUGUGACACUGAAGGGGAACCAGUUUGAUAUCGAACUUGCACAGAAAGUUCUUCAUGAGUCUCUUGAAAGCCAGCACAAAAUACACCAAGACUUUCAAAAUGGUCAUGACCAAUCAGCAGCUGAUCAUGAUGCCCUGCAUCAGUUCAGGAGUAGAAGAACAUCCCCUGGCAUGCAGCAGAGCCCUACACAGGCAAAGAGAACCACAGCGGACAGAAUAGGUUCCAGUUCCUCUGGGACAUACAGAAAAUCUCCAAGAGAAGAUGACACUGCGCAUUUGUCAAAUGGAUUAGAUUUCGGACCUGAGGCUGGUGAUUUGCGUAGCAGUACAAAUUCCAGGCAUCAGGAUGCAUCAGACACUUUCAACCACUUUGCCAGUCUUCCGUCUCAGACACCAGGGAGAGAUCAGGCAGAGUCAUCCUUAGCUGCUGACAGAGACGAGCGUUCCAGGCCUGGAGGUGAUUCUGGAAUCCCAAAGUCUUUACAACUUGAGGAACAGCAGCACAUGCGGGACAGAAAUCGAGAGGAGCAAUCUAUCGGCAGUACAUUUGCAAGUAAUGCAUCUAUGCUAAGAGAUCUUGAUAGCGCUCCAAAGGAAGAUCUGGCCCACAUCAAGAAAUGGGUUGAUGAAACAAGAAUGGGGUCUGUGGGCAGGGACAAGGAAGGUUCUGAUAGCACUGAUGAGUUGUUGAGAGAGGGCAGAAGCGGACACCAAACGUCUCCUCCAUCUGGUGCUUCUAAUGGUCUGAGUUCAGAUGUUAAAGAAGUGGAUCUUCUGAGGCAUGAUUCAACAAGAUUGGCACAAAAAGUCCCUCAAGACCUGUCGUCUUACAGAUUUAAACUUCCAAGUGGUAUUAAGGUUCAAGUUUCCUAUGGUAAUAUUGUGAAAUGUAAGCUUGAAGGAAUAGUCAGUGCAGCUAAUGGAGAACUCCGGAACUUCGCUGGUGUAGCUGGGGCUAUAGAGCGAGCUUGUGGGAAUGAAUUAAGACGUGAGUGUGAGAGGUACGUGCGCCAUCAUGGGCCCCUCCAGGUCAGUGAAGUGAUGGAUACAAGCCCGGGUGACUUGAUUGGUCCACGCUACAUUCUACAUACAGUGGGGCCAGUCCAUGUUCCAACAUUUGAAGAAAAAUGUGCAUAUCAGCUGACACGAACAUUUCUUUGUUGUCUGAACCAUGCUCAUAAGAAGCUGUUCCUCCAAUCCAUUGCAUUUCCCUUCAUAAGUACAGGUGUGUUUGGUGUCCCUAUUGACAUCUGCAUUCAGUCUUUCCUGGAUGCUGUCGUGUUGUUUUCCUCUGCACACCAGACAUACUCCAUCCUGAGGGAGAUCCAUCUGCUGAACACCGACAUGGAGAUGGUGCAGACGGCCAUUGUCAUGCUUCAGCAACACCUGGAGAGGGAUUUGAGUGACCUAGAGGCUGCCGCCACAUACAGGCUGCAGAACAAGGGCAAGCAGUCUGUUCUCCAUGAGAGGGCAUCAAGAACAGACAGUAGGGAUGUAGUCGGUAGCAGUGUGAAACGAUCAUCUUCACUUACCAGAAACUCACGACAGAGGAGCUCAGUGGAGGAGGAGGACCUUUUGAGCACGUCCAGCUACGGAGGAACAAAGAGUCUGAGAGGGGAGGACAUGGGUACAAGAUCUAGAGCAGAACAGCCAGGCAUUCAACACAGGCAAAGGUCAGGAUCACUUGAUGUGACUCAAAGGAAUAAAUCCAUAACAGGAACAAGACCCAAGACCACAUCAUCUGCAGGAGGUACGGCCUCAGGGAAGAAGCCUGGUGCAGGAACUUCCAAAUCUGACUAUGGUGGAAGGACUUUGCCCAACUUUAAACAAGGCAUGGGGGCAACACUGGAUGUAAGACUGAAAUCACGAACUGGGACCACUUCUGGUGGAAGCAGCAGUCCAAGAAACAAACCCAUGAAAGCUGGUACCACAGGGAUGGGAAAGGAUGUGGAAGUCAGAGGGAAGAGUAUUGUUGAUCGUGAAAUCUUCAGACAAGGACAUUAUGGUGAUGAUGAUAAUAAGUUCCAGAGCUUGCCAACAAAUUUUGGCCGAACAGGAACUCUUGGAGCUGCCAAGGCAACAGAUCCGGAUGACACAUGCUGCAUCUGUAUGGACACAAUCACUGUCCCCAAGAAACUGGAAUGUAGCCACACCUUCUGUACAGACUGUAUCAGACAGGCAUUCAAGGUGAAGCCAGCCUGUCCUGAAUGUGGGAAGCUGUAUGGUAUUGUGAAGGGGAACCAGCCCAAAGGUGGGAAGAUGGCUCAUAAAAUACACCACGAUACCCUUCCAGGAUAUGAAGAUGCUAGAGGAGUGAUUGCCAUCACUUAUGACUUUCCAGGAGGGGUACAACAGGCCGAUCACCCAGAGCCAGGCAGGAGGUACUCCGGCAUUCAUAGAACAGCCUACCUACCGUACAAUGAUGAAGGAUGGGAGGUACUGAAGCUGCUGUACAAGGCGUUCGAUGCUGGUGUCACCUUCACCAUCGGGGACUCUCGAACUACAGGCCACAGUGGCGUCAUCACCUGGAACGACAUACAUCAUAAGACGAGUAUGACAGGGGGGUCUUCAGGGUACGGCUACCCUGACCCGGACUACCUGAAGAGAGUGAAGGAGGAGCUAGCCCUGAAGGGGAUCACAGCCUCCCCCUGAGAGGUCAACACUGACCACGGGUCAUCGUGGCCGAAACAAGACAGAACUGCUUCCAGGUCUUGCUUCUGUGACCUCGGGAUGACCCUUAAACUGUACAUUUCACAACCGAUAUUCUGAGUGUCUCAGGUCAGAUACAAGCUGAGAUCAAGAGGUGCCUAAUGCUAGAUUAGAAAAUUAAAGAGCACCAAACCAUUUGAAAAUGGAUUUCAAAUAAUGUACAAUUGCAUUAACAUGGUGUGUUUUUUAGGGCUGGCAAAAAAAGAUCAAUAAUCAGAAUUAUCGUUGAAGGGAAAUAAUAUUAACGAUUAUCGAUAUGAAAAUUGAUAAAAUCCACAAAAACUAUUUGGAUGAAAACAAAAUUAGAUUUACCAAAACAGACUUGUUGUUGUCAAUAAUAUCAAUUGCUGAAGAUGGAAAGUAACUCUCUUUGUUACAUCUCAAAUGUCCACAAACUAAUCCCUGCAUAAAUGUGUUACCACUCACCAGUGGAGAGAUGUAUGUUGAUUUCUUUGGGACUCUUUUUUGCGUAUUUGCUUAAAGUUACUUAUAUUUAUCAAUAAUUGAUCGAUAUUUAGUCACCAAUUAUCGAUCUCUAUGAUCUGUAUCGAUAGCAAGCCCCGAAUGCUUUUACAUACAAUCAGAUUUAGUUGAACUAACACCAGUUCAAGUGUGUAUCUUCAUAGUUUUCAUGUUAUUGUCAUGAAUGACAAAACAAGGCAACUUGGUAGGAAUUUACGCUGAGAGAAGACAAUUGUUCGCCCCUGCCUCUAGGACUUGGAUUUGGAGUAGCCGUGUUUUGCUCAUUGUGUUUCUUAAUAUCGUGACUUUUGUUGGACUGUUGUAAUGUGACUAAGACCAGUAGACAUGUGGAACAGAGCUCAUGUACUGUCAAGGAUACAUUUUGGUUAUGAUA